GGCACGUCUACUAAAUGUUUUCCAUUUUUGCCACUUGGGGGUGCGGCGUAGCGAGUGAUCAGAACAGGGAUUGGCUUUUUGUCUCACGACUGGAUUGACAUGUUUGGAUCGUUACUUUUUACCAUACACGGCGCAAAUUCGUUUAUUAUAUGCCAGAAAUGAAAUGUUUUAGCUUAUAGUGAUUUAAUUAAUCGAUAUGUUUCGUUGUAUACCGAUAUUUCGCGGUUGUAAUCGGCAAGUCGAGUGUAUAGACAAGAGACACUGUUCACUUCAUCAGAUACCGGACGAUGUAUUGCGAUAUUCAAGAACGUUAGAAGAAUUACUCUUGGAUGCCAAUCAUAUCAGAGAUUUACCUAGGGGAUUAUUUCGACUUGUUAAACUGCGACGAUUAAGUCUCAGUGACAAUGAAAUCGUUCGUUUACCACCUGAAAUUGCUCAUUUAUCCAAUUUAAUUGAUUUGGAUGUGAGCAGAAAUGAUAUUCCUGAUAUUCCAGAAAAUAUAAAAUUUCUUAAAUCUCUUCAGACAGCAGAUUUCAGCUGCAAUCCUCUCUCAAAGCUUCCUCAUGGAUUUGUACAGUUGAGAAAUUUAACUGUACUUGGUUUAAAUGAUGUUACACUAACACAACUUCCUGGAGAUUUUGGAAGUUUGAGUAAUUUGCAGUCUUUGGAACUGAGGGAUAAUCUUAUCAAGUCACUACCAUCUUCAUUUGCAUUUUUGGUCAAAUUGGAACAGCUUGAUUUAGGAAGCAAUCAGAUUAAGGACUUGCCACCUGUUAUUGGUCAAUUGACAAAUUUACAAGAACUUUGGUUAGACUGCAAUGAUAUAUCUACUCUGCCAAAGGAUAUUGGAAAUUUGAAAAAACUGACAUGUUUAGACGUUAGUGAAAAUCAGUUAGAAGUACUUCCUAAUGAAAUAGCAGGUUUAGAAAAUCUUACUGAUUUGCAUCUUUCCCAGAAUAAUAUAGAAGUAUUACCUGAUGGCAUUGGUCAACUUAAAAAAUUAGUUAUUUUUAAAGUGGAUCAAAAUCAGUUAUAUACAUUAAAUUCUGCUAUAGGAAACUGUACAAAUCUUCAGGAAUUGAUUCUUACUGAAAAUUUAUUAACCAAACUACCAGUCACAAUAGGAAAUUUAACAAAAUUAACAAAUUUAAAUGUCGAUCGCAACAGGUUAACAAACCUUCCUUCUGAAAUAGGAAAACUUACCAAAUUAGGUGUACUUUCUUUAAGAGAUAAUUGUCUGGAAGAUUUACCAUCAGAAGUUGGAAGUCUUGUUUCUUUAAAAGUAUUAGACAUCUCUGGAAAUAGAUUGCAGUAUCUUCCUAUCACAAUAACUGCACUUAAUUUAAAUGCAUUAUGGCUUGCUGAAAAUCAGGUAUAUAUUUUAUUAGAAAAUAUUUGUGUUAUUAUUUAA